GCGCUCUCUUUCUCUCUGGCGCCGCCACACUCACACAGACUCAUUAACACACACACAUUGACACAUACACACACGCUGAGGCUGCGACGAUGUCGGACUCUCACGGUAAACUGACUCAGAAUCCUCUGGAGAAGACCUGGGUGCCAUGGAUGAAGAGCCGGCUGAGCCAGAGACGAGGCUCGUCCGUGCCCCAGUUCACCAACUCUCCGACCAUGAUCGUGAUGGUGGGACUGCCAGCCAGAGGAAAGACCUACAUCUCCAAAAAACUCACCAGAUACCUGAACUGGAUCGGCGUCACCACCAAAGUUUUUAAUGUGGGUCAGUACAGACGAGAUGCAACACGUUCAUACAACAGCUUUGAGUUCUUCAGACCCGACAAUGAAGAGGCCAUGAAGAUCCGCAAAGCUUGUGCCAUUGCUGCCCUCAAAGACGUGUGCGACUAUUUCACCAGAGAGCUCGGCCAGGUGGUGGUUUUUGAUGCCACCAAUACGACACCAGAGCGCAGAGACAUCAUCCUCAACUUUGCCAAGGGGAAUGGAUACAAGAUUUUCUUUGUUGAGUCGAUAUGUGAUGAUCCUGAAAUCAUCGCAGAGAAUAUAAAGCAAGUGAAGCUGAGCAGUCCGGACUACGUGGGCUGUGACAAAGAGGAAGCCGUGGCCGACUUCCUGAAGAGGAUUGAGUGUUACAAGCAGACGUAUGUCCCGCUGGACGACGAAAAGGACCGGAACUUGUCGUACAUCAAGAUUUUCAAUGUGGGCAGCAGGUAUCUGGUGAACCGGGUCCAGGACCACAUCCAGAGCCGGAUAGUCUACUACCUCAUGAACAUCCACGUCACCCCAAGGUCCAUCUACCUCUGUCGCCAUGGAGAGAGCGAGCUGAACCUUGUGGGUCGUAUUGGGGGGGACUCAGGGUUGUCCUCUCGCGGGGCUCAGUUUGCCAGUGCUCUGGGGACGUACAUGCGAGGGCAGUGUAUCAGCGACCUGAAGGUGUGGACGAGUCACAUGAAGAGGACAAUCCAGACGGCCGAGGCUCUGGGAGUUCAGUACGAGCAGUGGAAGGCUCUGAAUGAGAUCGAUGCUGGCGUUUGUGAGGAAAUGAUGUACGAGGAGAUUCAGGAGCAUUACCCCGAGGAGUUCGCUCUGAGAGACCAAGACAAAUAUCGCUACCGCUACCCCCGAGGAGAGUCCUACGAGGACCUGGUUCAGCGUCUGGAGCCGGUCAUCAUGGAGCUGGAGAGACAGGAGAACGUUCUGGUCAUCUGUCACCAGGCCGUCAUGAGAUGUCUGCUGGCUUACUUCCUGGACAAAAGUGCAAAUGAGCUGCCCUACCUGAAGUGUCCUCUCCACACCGUCCUCAAACUGACCCCGGUGGCCUACGGGUGUAAAGUUGAGUCCGUCUUCCUCAACAUUGAAGCCGUCAACACACACAGAGACAGACCGGUGAAUGUUGACGUGGACAGAGAUCCGGAGGAGGCGUUGGAAACGGUCCCGGACCACAUCUAGAGCUGAUUCGUCUCCACACAGUGAAGUGGACCGUGGCCUUCUUUAAACUGAAGUAACCUUAGCGUUCAGCGUUGUGAUCACUGCUGUGAAAUAGACGGACUUUAUGAUAAACAUCAGUUUUCCCUAACAGCUGCUGACCGCCGCUACAAACGCACUUUAUGACAAAGACUCGGGUCAAACAUCCGUGACAUGAAGAGGCUUCCUUUAAUGAACACGCAACAUGUUUGAUCAUUGUAAGGUCUUGAUCUCUGUCCUCAUCGUUCUCUUAUUCAUGGGGAAACCAGCGUUAGUAAUUUGUAAAUCCACUCAGUUUUACUUGAAGGGAGAGUUUGUUCUGAGCCAUUUUUAAUCCUGAAUAAUGACACGUCUGUUUGGGGCCACGUCUCUGAUGCGCUUGUGUUUUUUGGCACAAAUUUUUUGGCAAGAUUGUGUAUUUUCAUUUGAUCUUGUUAUUUCCAGCUCAGCUCCAACAGUUAGUCUAAAAUACACCGUUUACGAGAAAGAGUUACACUCAAGCUGUUAAGCACAAAAAAUGCACCAUUGAAACCCAUUCAAACUGCAAUUUUUUUUUUUAAUCUUGCUUCAUUUAAAGCAUUAUACAUGCAUUUUACUACAUCUGGGUGUCAAUCUGGGUUUUUGUCUUGGAAUUGAUCAUUUCUACUACGUUCCACCAGAUGGCAUCAUUAUGACUAUAUUUGGCAUAUGGAAAAAACAUUCAAAAAAACGUAAUAAUGCUGCUGUUGAUCACUGACCUAUCCCCAGCUGUAAAACUUUAACACAAAAAAUUACUGGUAGUAUGUUGAAAAAAUUCAGUUUUUCUUUUUUUCCAUCAAAAAUAUGGUGGCCAGGGUUAAAAUAUUUAAAAAAUCAUUAAUAUUUAAUAUCAAUAAUUAGGUCAGUUGUAGGUAAAAACAUUAGCUCAAAGAAAGUAGAAAAAAUAAUAAUGUGUAUUAUUUUUUAUAGCAACUGUAUGAAAAGUGCAUUUUUUGCACUUAGCAGCUUGAGAGCCAGUAUUUUACAUGGCACAAAAAAUAAUGCAUAAAAAUCAAUGUUUCUGCUCAUUAUUGAAAUAUCCAUAACUGUGAUAAUUCAACACCAAAAAAGGGGGUGACCAAAAACUGGCAUUCAAAGGUCUAAAAUAUUUUUUUAAAAUAAUUAAAGUUGAUAUUUAAAAAUCAAGUCAGUGUAAGUUACAAAAACUAGCUCAAUGAAAGUAGAAUAAAGUAUUAAGGUAUAUUGUAAUAGCUACCAUAUGAAAAGUGCUUUUUUUCCACUUAGCAGCUUGAGAGUCAGUAUUUGACAUUGCACAAAAAAAUAAUAAUUGAUGCAUAAAAAUUAGUGUUGCUGCUAAUAAUAUACCGAUCCCAGGCUGUAAUAAUUUAACAAAAGAACUACUUUGCAUGCAGUAUAUAGAAAAUAAUUCAUGUUUUUGGUAUUUUCAUCAUAAAACGUGGUUGCGUCAUGACAAAAAACUGAUAUUCAAAUGGUUAAAAUCUUUAAAAAAUCAUAAAUAUUUAAUGCCAAUAAUAAGGUCUGUUGUAGGUGUAACUAUUAGCUCAAAGAAAGUAGAAUAAAAUGUAAUGUAGAACAUUUUUUAAAGCUACUGUAUGAAAAGUGCAUUUUUUGGACUUGGCAGCUUGAGAGUCAGUAUUUGACUUUGCACAAAAAUAAUAACGCAUAAAAAUCAAUUUUGUUGCUUAUAAUUGACAUAUCCAUAACUAAUAAUUCAACACAAAGAAACUGCUCUGCAUGAAGCAUACUGAAAAUAUCUUUUUCAUUUUUUUUUCAUUAAAAAACAUGGUUGCAUGACAGAAAACUGACAUUCAAAGGGUUUAAAUAUGUAUUUUUUUUAAUAAUUAAAUUUGAUAUCAAUAAUCAGGUCAGUUGUAGGUAAAAAAAAACUAGCUCAAUUAAGGUAGAAUAAAAUAAAAAUGUAUAAUAUUUUUAUAGCUACUGUUUGAAGAGUGUUUUUUUUUUUUUGCCCUUAGCAGCCUGAGUGUGACUAAUAUUGAAACAGUCCUUAAGGGUUAACAGUAGCCAACAGCAGGAUAACCAGUGAGGGACAGUUCGGUUUGACACUAUUAGAAAAAAGCUUUUAAACUUUAAACGGAAAUUUUGGGUGGAUUCAUUCCUCCCCUAUGCAAAACAUGAAAUAUACGUUUUCAGGUACCUUUAAAACCAUUUAUCAUGUACAUAAUAGAGGCAGUAUUGUUUUGUAAAUAUAAAGCUAUCAGCCAUUUGACAGCCUCCAAACAGAUGUGUCUAAUUUAACCAUGGCUGGCUCCUUAGUUGGAUUCAUCCUGUCAUCUCCAAGUUUCCUUAAGGCACUGCUAAAUUGUUUUUAUGAGGAUGUCGUGAACAAAAGAGGUGCUGUUCUUUACUUUAGUAUGAAAAACAACCCACUCAGUCCUCAGAACCACCCAGCACCGUGAACCACCAUGACGUGCCUCACGAUUCUCCUCUGCACAGACUCAGUACAGCUGCAGGCCUCGUUCAUCCUGUCAUCUGUUUUAACUGAAAUCAUUUCAAUAAGAGACGUAAAGGGAGACGGUGCAAUGUGUCUGCGUGUUAGUAAAUGUCAUAAUAAUCUAAAGACGGCCGCAUGUUUGUUGUUGUUGUUUUACUGUUGAUGUGCUGAGAUCAGAAUGUUGGACUUUAGGUCAAAAUGUGAGUCGGUAUCACAAAAGAAGUCUGACAAAGAGGCCGUCACGUUUUCCCAUCGUCAACUCUGUCAGGUCAUUUAUUUGUUCAUUUUGCAAAAAAAAAAAAAAAAAAAAAAAGCUUUAUCCUCAGAUCUCUUUAUUCUGCAUUAAGCUUAAUAUGGGUAAUAUUAAGGAUGAAGUUAGAAAAUCAAGCAUUUCAAAGCUGAGAUACUUCAGAUGGAUGAAAACAGUUCAUUUCAUUAUUAAAUAUAAUCACUAAAUUCCAGUAUUAGAUCACUGAAACUUGACAUUAGUCCUGAAUUAAAAAAAUAAUGUACAUAUAUAUAUAUAUGUUAGUGUUUGCCAAUAAUAGAAAUAUGACUGGCAAUAAAAGUCGUAUUUUGGAAAAAGAAAAUUUUAUAAUCUGCUCCAUCAUACAACUCUUGGCUGAGAGCUCGAGCUUCAAAUUUAAGUCAUAAAACAAAAGUGCAAAGUCGAGCUCAAGCCUCCUCUGUCCCUUUUCUCAUGAAUCAGUGGUAUUUUUCAUGCAGGUUAUUUCUUUUUGGAAAUGUACAGCCAAAAAAUAAAGGUUUACAAUCAAAUUUGACAUUUAAAUCCCCCUGUAUAUGUGUGGGAAACAAAAUGAUGCAACCAGUGGAUCACUUCUGAGGUCAAAUAUCCUUUUUUUUAAGGUUUUCUUACUUAAAGAGCCCCAAGUCAUCAGAAAAGUGAAUCAUCAACAAAAAUCUUCAUUCAACCCAAAAACUCAGACUUCUCUGUGAUACAGACCUCAAUGACAUGUACUCAUCAGACUAAAGAGUCUGAUUGUUCAGAGGAAGCAGCAGAAAACCAACGUAUCUCAGGGGAUCCUUUAAUUUGGGGGGGGGGUGUUAGCUCAUGUAAAUAAUAAAUGCUCGUCUGUCUGUCUGUCUGUCUGUCUGUGAUCCUGACGUCUGAAACAGAGCCGUCCCUUUAAAACAAACAUCCACACCCAGCACGUUUACACGAGGUUAGGAAACAAUUUUAUUUUCAGUGUGAGCAAAACUGGACUGGGCCUUCUGAGCGUGCUCCACAGGAGAGGAAGACCCACAGAAAACCACUGUAAGGCUACUGUAGAGGAGGUGGACAUGCUCCUGUGAGUAAAUGGAUUCUGCUGCUGUCCUGGGACGGUCAGCAGUCCGGUU